CUCACGCCCGGAGAAGUUUGACUCGGGAGCAGCGCAGCCGCCCGGGCCGGCGCGGCGGGGCAGGGAGCCGCGGCGGGAGUCGCCGCACCCGGGGCCGCAGCGGGACGGGGGUCGCCUCCAGCGGGAGGCGGCGGGGGGAAGCCGGCGGCGGCAGCGGCGCUCCGGGAGCCGCCCCGCCCGCGCCAUGGCAGCCCGGUCCCGGAGACCCUGGCUGAGCGUGGUGCUGGGGCUGGUGCUGGGUUUCACCGCCGCCUCCUGGCUCAUCGCCCCGAAAGUGGCCGAGCUGAGCGAAAAGAAGAGGCGCGGCUCCAGCCUCUGCUCCUACUACGGCCGCUCGGCGGGGCCGGGGGCGGCCGGGGGCGCGGCGGUGCCGGGCGGGCAGCAGGCGCCGCCGGAGGCAGCGGCGGUGCUGGGCGGCACGAGUUUCAGGAGCAGCCCCUGGGAGCUGCCGCCGCCGCCGGCGGAGGGCAUGGUGUCCAGCCCCGCCGCCGGCGGGGAAGGGGAGCCGGAGGAGGAGGAGGAGGAAGGCGGCGAGAAGCGGAGCGGCCGGCCCGGCGGCAGCCACAACGGGAGCGGGGACUGGGGGGGCGCCCCGGGCUACGCCAAGCCCCGCAACUUCCUCUACGUGGGGGUGAUGACGGCCCAGAAGUACCUGGGCAGCCGGGCGGUGGCGGCGCAGCGGACGUGGGCGCCCUCGGUGCCGGGCCGCGUGGAGUUCUUCUCCAGCCAGGGCUCCGCCGCGCCCCCCGGGCUGCCCCGGCUGCCCGUCGUCGCCCUGCCCGGCGUGGACGACUCCUACCCGCCGCAGAAGAAGUCUUUCAUGAUGAUCAAGUACAUGCACGACCGCUACCUGGACAAGUACGAAUGGUUCAUGCGGGCGGACGACGACGUCUACAUUAAAGGUGAAAAAUUGGAGGAGUUUCUUCGCUCACUGAACAGUAGUAAACCUCUGUAUUUGGGACCGACUGGUCUGGGUAAUAUUGAAGAACUCGGAAAACUUGGGCUGGAGCCUGGAGAGAAUUUCUGCAUGGGAGGGCCGGGAAUGAUCUUCAGCCGGGAGGUUCUCAGGAGGAUGGUGCCACAUAUUGGUGAAUGCCUUGGAGAAAUGUACACCACUCAUGAGGACGUGGAGGUGGGCAGGUGUGUCCGAAGGUUUGGAGGAACUCAGUGUGUUUGGUCAUAUGAGCAUUCAAGGGCAAAUGAACAUCUGAAGGAUGUUAACUUGAUCGCCAGGGACGAUGCUCCUUCUGACUCUGCAUUUGCUGGUCUCAGGGAGGUGUUUGUUCACUGGGCUCUUUCUGAGUGCAGCGUGUGUGAACAAGCUCCUCAUGGCAUGGAAGCAGCUGUACCAGAGAAAUGCAGCAUUUCUUUAGUUGUACACGUGGCCGCAAUGCCGUGGAAGUCUGUGUGGCCUUAACAGCUACACGAGGCAUACACUGUAAAUCUGUGUGCAUGGAGCUGUGUAUUUGUACGUACAUAUGCAUAUGUUUAAAGCUUGUGCCUAGUUGAUAACCAAGCUCCCAGGGGCAUGAGUGAAGGUCCUUUGGAGCUUUUAAGCUGUGCUUCCAGGUAUUUACUGCAAUAUCUCUCCUGUAAAGCUUAAGAAUUUAGCUUUCAGCUUGUUCUUCAUGUCUCUUCAUAGUUAUAUCUGUGCAUUUCUCUUCUGUAUGUAUGUACAUUUUGGCUUCAAGCUUCAAUUUAACGUAGUUUUUUGGCUAUUUUCCUUGAAAGCAUUUUCUUUCUAGCUAUAGACUGUAGCACAUUUAUUAUCAUAAUAACUUUUUAUCACCAAAGGGGACUCUCUGAUGGACCAGCUCUCACCCUGCCAGAAUUGCACAGCUUCCUAUUGUUGAUCAUGAUAAAACACAGUGACUUUUUCUGUCAUUUUUUAUCAACUUUGUGCAAACUUUUCUGAAGUGCGUGAAGUGCAUGAGGACUCAGUUCCAGAAGUCAGGGAAUUAACUGGAACAGAUGUAGGUGACGACAUACCUUUUAGGAGAGUGCUUAACUCGGCAAAUGAAACAGUUUUGUUAUGUGCUAUUGAUAUUUUAAUUGUUGUUUUAAAACAAUUUUAUAGGUAUAAAUCUAUCCUGCUAGAAUGAACAAAAGCAGGCGCUAGUAUUUUGGAUUCUUCUUUUCUUCCACUCUAAAUUUUUGUGAUUGAAGAUAUUUUUCUCCAUGUGGUAAGGGGAAAUAAUUGCACCUAAGUGAGGGUAAUAACUAACUGUAAUAGAAAAUAUUGUCAAGCAAUUAAAAGUAUUUUUUCUUA